GCUUACAGCCUCAGUGGCGAAAAAUUUUUCAUGUCAGAGACCGAGAACUCUUGCAGUCGUUUAUGUCAUCCCUUCUUCUCCAGACAGGGGAUACCAAAAAGCUGCAAUCAAAGAUCUCUUCAUCUUAUUGAUAAAGCCACUAAUGAGCCAAAAUGUCUGUCAACGUCAACCGCAGCGUGUCAGACCAGUUCUAUCGCUACAAGAUGCCUCGUCUGAUUGCCAAAGUUGAGGGCAAAGGAAAUGGAAUCAAGACAGUUAUAGUCAACACGGGUGACAUAGCCAAAGUGCUUAAUCAGCGUCCAACGUAUCCCACCAAAUAUUUAGGUUGUGAACUGGGAGCACAGACCCAGUUUGAUGUUAAGAAUGACCGUUACACUGCCAGUGGAUCUCAUGAGGCGAAUAAGCUGCAAGGCAUGUUGGAUGGAUUCAUUAAAAAAUUUGUUCUCUGUCCUGAGUGUGAGAAUCCCGAAAUGGAUGUGCAUGUCAAUCCAAAGAAGCAAACGAUAGGUAAUUCUUGUAAAGCCUGGGGCUAUCGAGGCAUGCUUGACACACAUCAUAAACUCUGCAUGUUCAUUCUCAAAAUGCCACCUGAGAAUAGUGACAAUGGUUCAGGAAAGAAGGAAAAGGAAAAGAAAACUAGAAAGGGCAAAGACAAGGAAAAUGGCUCCGUGUCCAGCAGUGAGACACCACCUCCACCACCACCCAAUGAAAUCUGUCCUCCUCCACAUGCUGUGGAAGAAGAGGAAGAUGAUGACUGGGGGGAGGAUACAACAGAGGAAGCUCAAAGGGGAAGAAUGGAUGAAAUCAGUGACCACGCAAAAGUUUUAACCCUCAGUGAUGAUUUGGAAAGGACUGUUGAAGAGCGUGUCAAUAUCCUGUUUGAUUUUGUUAAGAAAAAGAAAGAAGACGGUAGUAUUGACCCAUCUGACAUUGUAGCUGAAGCAGAAAGACUGAAUGUAAAAGCCAUGGGCCCUCUUAUUUUGACUGAAGUUCUUUUUAAUAAGAAGAUUAGAGAACAAAUUAAGAAAUACAGGCACCAUUUCUUACGAUUUUGUCACAACAACAAAAAAGCUCAAUGGUACCCUCUUCAUUGUUUGGAGUGUGUGGUAGCAAUGCACCAAGCUCAGCUCAUCUCCAAGAUUCCACACAUCUUGAAGGAGAUGUAUUAUGCAGACCUUUUGGAGGAAGAAGUCAUCAUUAGCUGGUCAGAAAAGGCCUCUAAGAAAUAUGUCUCAAAAGAACUUGCCAAAGAGAUUCGUGUCAAAGCGGAACCUUUUAUAAAAUGGUUGAAGGAAGCAGAGGAAGAAUCUUGUGCUGGUGAAGAUGAAGAUGAGAAUAUUGAGGUGAUGUAUUCAAAGACUGCCAGUGUACUGAAAGUUGAAGCUGUAAAGUCUGACAACAAGGACGAUGACAUUGAUAUUGAUGCCAUUUAAAGGGGUGGGUGCAGCCCAGCUUAACAGUUUAAUGCUGAGAAUCUUUCUGCAUCAUCAGCCAGAAGUGCAACAUGUAUGUGCAAAAGCUAAAAUGGCUUAACAUCAUGCUACACUUUCUACUAAAAAUGUAUUGCUGUGAGUGGUCUGUAUUUAAACCCAACAAGACAUCUAGGGAGUCCAUACACAUAUCAGUGAGCACAUGCAGUGUGCUUAUUUACAGCAUGUUUCUUUUUGAAAACUUAGUGGUGGACACAUUUGGAUCACAUUUAUAUAGUUAUAAAAGUAAAGAUUUCAUUUUGCUCGUUCUUCAGAUUUUUGGCUCUGAAUGACUUAAGUAGGCUGAAAUAAUUGGCUCCUUUAAAAA